UCCUCCUCCUCCUCCACUUCCCCCUUAUCAUCAUCAUCAUCGUCAUCAUCAUCAUCAUCAUCAGCAACAUCAUUGUCAUGUGGCACAGAGUCCAAGGACAAGACCAUGGUCAAGACAGAGAACGGCGACAGGAGACGGAAGCGGAAGCGGAAGCGGAAGCGCAAGCCGAGUCGAGAUGAUCAACAUCAUCAUAGUUCUGAUCAUGAUUCUGAUCAACAUCAUCGUGAUCAUCAUUCUCUCGCAAAACGGGCAAAGGGUCUGGUCGAUGACUUGGGCUACCUCUCGUCCGGAUCAGACUCGGGUUGUGUCGUGGUGGUGAUGGGAAGAAGGCAAGUCGGUCGUCAAUGAGAAGUUCGACGAGGCCUUCGCCGUCGUCAAGAUCAUCACGGUCAACAAGGUCAUCACGGUCAUACGCAAGGCAGAGUGCUGGGACAAGAAAUGCCAGAGGCAAGAAUCUGGCUAUCGAGAGCGAGUCCGACUCGGAGUCUGGCUCGUUGUUCUCGUCAUCAGACUCCAACUCGGAAUCUGGCCGACCGCCGCCGUCUUGGAGCAGGAGGACAGCGCUUUCGGCUACGGCCAGAGAGGCACUUUCGCGGGCCUCCAACGCCAUGCACGAGCUCGAUGAGGCCGUCAUGGGUGUGGGCGAGGUGGCCAUGGAGGAGACCACCGCAGACGAGGCCGUCAGGUUCGAGCUGGCGCAGGUCAUCCAGCCGCCGCUCCCAUCGCUGCUCUCGGCCCAUGACCCCAACGUCGACCCACUCAACUAUGUCCGCAUUCAGCUCUUGUGGCGCGCUAGUGAGACCGAACGUGAGCUCUCGCGCUGGGUCCACAUUCGGCGGACCGCACCCAUGCUCGCUGUGCGGAUGGAGAUGGCGCUCAUGGUCGAGACCGUGGCGUAUGGAGUCCAGAUCUUUUACCUCGGCCUCCCUGUCGACGACAAUGCCACUCCCGAGUCGCUCGACAUUGAGUCCGGUACCAUCAUUGAGGCCUACAUUGACGGGCCGACCUGGACAUGGGCCAAGAGAGCCCUUCUCUCGCGCAAGUCGCCGAGCACACUGCUCGUUGCCCUCUGGCCAGCAUCGGCUCAGACUCCGCCAGCUGCCAUAGAAGCCAAGCCGGUCCGGGCAUCUGUCCUCACCACCAUCGGCUCGUUGGUCAACGCCUACGCGGCGGCAGUCCAGGUCCCGGCCUCCUCGCUCGCUUUCGACUGCGGUGGUCUGUUCCUCGCAACUCACUGGCCGCUGUAUCUCAUCGAGCCGGCCGAGCUUGUGGCCGCCUUGGUGGCCAAGGGUAUCGGCGCCGGCCGCUGGCUCAAGGGCAAGGCUCCGCGCAUUGCCGUAGCCGUCACCAAUGCUGCCACGCCGCGAUCGUCCUUUGUGCCCAUCCCCUUGGCGCCAUCGCUCGCCAAGCGCGUCCGCGCUGCCACCGCCACCGCCCCGGGCCCCUCCACUGCUCUCAAUCACAACGACGACGGCGACUCGAUCACCGUUAUCCUCCGCAUGAGCAAGCGCAAAAAGGGCUACCGCAUCAAGCCGAGUGACAAGAUCGGCAAAGCUAUGGCUCUCUUUGCCGAUUUCGUCGGCGUCGCUGGCGACCAGCUCCGCUUUGUCCUUGAUGGCGAUCGUCUGACCGGCAACGAGCUCGUCGAAGACUUGGAUCUCGAGGACAUGGACAUCAUCGACGCCAUGCCAUAGUUUAUCCAUACACACGCAAAUGUCAGCCA